UCGAAAUAAUUGAGUUUCAAUAUUGAUAUGGAAUCGAGAUGAAAAAAAAAAAAGAAAUAAAAAAAGUUGAUUCCUUUUAAAUUCAAUGGUCGUCUUUGAUUUUCUUCUUUCUUAUAGACAACUCAAAACCCAGAAAGGAGAAAGAGGAGAAAAACAAUGGCUUUGCCAGCCUUAAACCCUUGUAAAACCCCAAAUAGAAGGCUUCAAUCUAUCAACCCACCAAUCUUUUCCUUCUCAAAAACAUCAUCACCAAAGAUAACCAAAUUGAAGAAAUACCCAUUAAUCACUAUGUCAAGCCAGCAGCAAAAUCCACUACCCCAUGUAGCCUUAACCAACAAUGACCACAAAGAAGAAGUUAUGAGCACUAUCAAAAGUUCAAUAUCUAAUUGCCUAUCUGAAACCCAUCUUGAUGUAACUGUACCUGAACUCAAAUCCAAAAUCAGAGGCAAGGUCAGAGAUAUAUACGAUGGAGGAGAUUAUCUUGUAAUGGUGACAACAGAUAGGCAAAGUGCAUUUGACAGAAUUCUUGCUUCCAUCCCCUUUAAAGGCCAGGUGCUAAAUGAGACAAGUUUAUGGUGGUUUAAUAAGACUCAACAUAUUACUCCUAAUGCAGUGGUAUCGGUACCUGAUAGAAAUGUUACUAUUGUAAGGAAGUGUUCGGUUUUCCCUGUUGAAUUUGUUGUACGAGGAUAUGUUACUGGAAGCACUGAUACAUCACUCUGGACAGUCUACAAUAAAGGGGUUCGCAAUUAUUGCGGCAACAGUCUUCCUGAUGGUUUGGUGAAAAAUCAAAAGCUUAGAGAAAAUAUACUCACUCCGACAACUAAAGCAGCAGAUCAUGAUGUUCCUGUAACACCAGAUGAGAUAGUUCAACGCGGUCUUAUGACUCAAGCUGAUUAUGAUGAAGUGAGUCGGAGGGCAAUGAGCUUAUUUGAGUUUGGCCAGCGUGUAGCAUUGGAUCAUGGUCUGAUAUUGGUGGACACCAAAUAUGAAUUUGGAAAGGGACCUGAUGGUCAAAUCUAUUUGAUUGAUGAGGUGCAUACACCUGACUCAAGUAGAUACUGGAUUGCACAUUCUUACCAGGAGCGCUUUCAGAAUGGUCUUGAGCCUGAAAAUAUCGACAAGGAAUUCUUGAGGUUGUGGUUCAGAAGUCAUUGCAACCCAUAUGAGGAUGAGGUCUUGCCUGACGCUCCAGAAGAACUUGUUUCUGAAUUAGCUUGGCGAUAUAUUUUUCUAUUCGAGACAAUAACAAAUUCAAGAUUUGAGAUGCCUGGGACAAAGGAGCCAGUCCAUGAUCGCAUCUCGAGAAAUGUUUUACAGGCUUUAUCAUCAUUGCAGUAAUAACAUCAAACAGGAGAGCAUUUUGCAUAAGUUUUAUGAGGCGUAAUAAGUAUUUCAUGCAGUAAUCUAUGAAGAAUUGUAUUUUAAGCUUGACAUUAAGGAAGUUGGUCAAUGUUGUAAUGCUAUGUGACACAUGUAAACCAAUUAUGUAUCAACCCCAAAUAAGCUGGCGGACCAUAAAGUGACUAGUUUUGUCUACAA